AAACAACAACAAUUUUACCCCUACCUACUCUUCUUUUUUUCGUGAAGAAGAUAGAAAGAAAGAUAUUUGAAAUAUACUCCCAUCCGAAGAUAGCUACUAUUAUGUGCAACUUUAAGCCCUCCUCCUCUCCAUCCUCACUACUUGUCUCUAGUAACAAAAACCAAUUCCUCAACUCCCUUAAUAAACCUCCAUCCAUGGAUCCCGACCAUGAUGACCUUCAUAGAUGGCCAACCCCUCAAGAGGCUUUGGAAGAAGUGAAAGCCUUAGGGAAGAUUUCAGGGCCAACAGCCAUAUCAGGCCUGCUAAUGUACUCCAGAGCAAUGAUCUCCAUGCUCUUCCUCGGCUACCUCGGAGAGCUCGAGCUCGCCGGCGGCUCGCUCUCCAUCGGCUUCGCCAACAUCACCGGCUACUCCAUCAUCUCCGGCCUCUCCAUGGGUAUGGAGCCCAUUUGCGGCCAAGCUUACGGCUCCAAACAAAUGAAGCUUCUUGGACUCACCUUGCAAAGAACAAUCCUUCUCCUCCUCUCCACUUCCAUCCCCAUCUCCUUUGCCUGGCUGAACAUGAAGAGCAUCCUCCUAUGGUGCGGCCAGGACCCCGAGAUCGCCUCCGCGGCCCACACGUUCAUCGUCUUCGCCAUCCCGGACCUCUUCUUCCUCUCCCUCCUCCAUCCCCUGAGGAUAUACCUCAGAACGCAGGGGAUCACCGUGCCGUUGACUUACUGCUCCGGCAUAUCGCUCCUCCUCCACGUUCCCCUGAAUUUCCUUCUUGUCAAGUAUCUGGGCCUGGGAAUUGCAGGGGUGGCCAUUGCCAUGGUCCUCACCAACCUCAACCUCUGCCUCCUCCUCUGUUUCUUCAUAUACUUCUCCGGCGUGUACAGAGACUCCUGGGUGGAGCCCAGCUCCGACUGCCUGGGUGGCUGGUCGUCCUUGCUGGCAUUGGCCAUCCCCACUUGCAUCUCUGUCUGUCUGGAAUGGUGGUGGUACGAGCUGAUGAUUAUGCUGUGCGGGAUUCUGGUCAACGCCAGAGCCACCGUCGCUUCCAUGGGGAUUCUGAUUCAGACGACCGCUCUGGUCUAUGUAUUCCCCUCCGCUCUGAGCAGCGGCGUGUCGACCCGGGUCGGGAACGAGCUCGGGGCGAGCCGGCCGGCCCGGGCGCGCAUAUCCAUGAUUGUGUCUCUGUUCUGCGCGGCGGGGCUGGGCGUGGCGGCGAUGCUGUUCGCGACGGUGAUGAGGGACCGGUGGGGGAGGUUCUUCACCGGAGACGAGGAGAUUCUCCGAUUGACGGCGAUGGCGUUGCCGAUUGCGGGUGUCUGUGAGCUGGGGAACUGCCCGCAGACGACGGGGUGUGGGGUCCUCAGGGGAAGCGCCAGGCCGAGGAUUGGGGCCAACAUAAACCUGGGAUCAUUCUACCUUGUCGGGAUGCCGGUUGCGAUUGUUUCGGGUUUCGGGCUGAAGAUGGGCUUCGCCGGGCUGUGGUUCGGGUUGCUUGCGGCUCAGGCGUCGUGCACGGUUCUCAUGCUCCGCGUCCUCACCGCAACCGACUGGACCCUCCAAGCUGAGCGGGCCAAACAGCUGACCCAAUCGUCUUCUUUGCCGAUGGUGGGUCGAGAUAAUACUAAGCAAAGCAUGGCCGCGCCGGCGCCGGCGGCGGAUUUUGCAGAUAUUUUUUGCGGCAAAGAUGGUGGUGAUGAUACCUUCUCCUCUGACGGUAAUGCUUCGCUUGAAACGGAUCCUCUCGUUACAAUUGUAAUUUAAAUUAAUUAAUUAUUACUGGAUCGAUCGAUAUGAUGAACCACAGUUAAUUAAUUAUUACUAGUACAAGUAGAUUUUACUAAUCCGUGCGAGUUGUUACCCUAUCAUUGAUGCAUGGUGGAUGAAUAGGUUCAUGUGAAUUAACUGAAUUUCGUUCAAACAAAAUAACAAAGACAAAGAGGUACCUAA